GAGAGCUGAGAACCUUUUGAUACUUGCCGUCUGUACUGUGCUUUCGCAAACGUAAUAUUUUGGUGCGAUCUUAAAAGAUUUCCACAUUGUCAAAGGUCCUCAGCACUAAGUUAAAGGGCAAAUUUGAAACAUGCAUCAUCUGCACUUUUGGAUCUAUUUCAUAGGUAUCGGAACGGGUGCUGUCUUCCAGAUUAUCCAGUCCCCAACGUUUCUGCAGCUAUAUGUCGGAGACACCGCGGUCAUCCAUUGCAGUCUCUUAGGCUGCGCACCCAGACGUUACUUCUGGAAUAAAACCACAGAAUGCGAAAAUAGAACAGAUGACCUUUUUAAUACCAGCCGGAUAUCGAUUUCUGUGUCCGGCACUGUUAGAGUUGAAAACGUGACGGGUUCUGACAGUGGGGUGUAUUACUGCCGAGUGAUCCACAAGUGCUUGAAGCAGAGCCCUGGACCAGUACGUGGUAACGGGACUCGUUUAAUGGUCAUGGAGACCCCCAGUCUGCACCUCCAGUUAAAUUUCUCUUCUAACAAUCCUGAAGACCUAAUCCUGACCUGCAGUGCUGUGGGUUUCUACUCUUCUGAUUUCACACUGUCCUGGCACCAUUCUCUCCCUGAGGUGCUCCAUCCCACCCAGCAGGAUGCACGCUCAGUCCUACAGGUUGGCACAUACAGUCGAAGCUCCACUAUGUUGGUCACCAAGACACUGUGGGCACCGGGGACUGAGAUUGGGUGUGAAGCAAAUCAUACAUCAUUGACAAGGCCUCUGAAGAAGUACAUUAGGAGUCCAUUGGAGAAAGCUGACUCAAGUUUGGAAUAUGCAUAUUUAUUUGCUCUUCUUGCUCUGCCAAUAAUUUUGGGCUGCAUUUAUUUCAUUGUGAAUUUCUUCAAAACCAAAGCAGAAUCAGAUGCUGCUAAAUCCAGAGACAAAGGGAACAAAGAAGAGGAGGAAAAAGAACUGCAGUACUCAACUCUUGUGCACAAGAAUCUAAAGAAAUGUUCUUUUUCAAAAAAUGAAAAUGAGCUCAAGUGUAUAUAUACACAGGCAAAGCCAAAAGGAGACAGCAUGGCAGAAUAUGAAGACUGUGUAGAUUAUGCUGUUCUGGAUAUGCAUGAGAAUCCAGCUGCAGCCACAGUGGACACUCCGGUAUGUAGCCAGUACUCAUCAUUGGCCUCCAUCUUAUAGAUAUAGAGAUAUAUAUUGUGCAGAUUGCUUAGCUUAUUAAAGAUAUAAAACAACAAAAAAAUCAUUUGAAAUCUAAACAUUAUUAAAUUAUUUUUGCUACAAAAAUGUUAUCCAUUGAAGUAUUUUAAUAUAUUGUUUGUGUAAGUAAGCUUAUACU